CAUAGGCCUCUGUAUGUGCCUUCAAUUUAAGCUGCUUACGCUUCGCCACUCUUGCCAUGGGCCCCUGUUACCGCCUCCUCUUGCUGCUGCCAGGUCCAGAGUGUGUCGUGGGUCCCUGCACGGCCUCCCAUUUGCUGGUCUCACUCACACUGAUGGGUGCUGGGCAGAUUACGGGCCUCCCAUUGCUGCUGCCAGGCCCGUAAUCUGCCAUGGGACCCCCGUACAGACCUCCUCAUUCUGCUGCCAGGCCCGUAAUCUGUACAUUGGGCCCCUGUACCGCCUCCUCAUGCUGCUG